AUGGGUCAGCAACAAGUCAACCAGAUGGAAGCGGGACACGUGUUUGUCGAAUAUGCCAGGGAUGCAAUGGUUGCAAACCAUCGAAUGGCGAGGUCGAUAAAUGUAGAAGUAUAUUCACGACGUCUUGAAAUGUUUCGGGUUACAAAGACCAUCGAUCGUUGGCUCGAUAUACCACCUAGGUCCUAUGGAGUUGAUCGCCGAAAUAGACGGUGCGAUUGUAGGAGGUUCCAAACACUUCAUUAUUCAUGUGCGCAUGUCGUGGUAGCUUUUACUAAAGUUUCACUAAAUGUUGAACAAUUUAUCGAUGAUGUGUAUACCUUCGAGUACAAGUUGCAUGUCUGGAAGAACGAGUUCCCUAUCCUGCCUAACCUGUCUACAUGGGAGGUGCCUCUAACGACUUUCGAGCUUGUCCCAAACAAAAGGUUGCAUAAGAAUCCAAAAGGUCAUCCGCAAUCAUCCAGAAUCCAUAAUGAAAUGGAAAUUAGGGAGAAAUCUGACGGGAAGCGUUGUGGAUUAUGUAGAUGA